AUGCCGAUACAGAGCUUUACGCAACUUCCAGACGUUCGCAUUGUCAAAAGCUGCGUGGCGGUUUACUACGGCUCAUCCGUCCAUUCCAUCCUCCCGGUAAUCGAUCGAGAUCUCUUUAAGAACACCCUCAACCUCGCGUACUCAACCCUGUUGUCCGAUCAUUUAGGCUCCUCAUGCGCUAAAGCAUGUGUCUGGGCAUUUCUAUGCUUAUCUUCGAUAUGGGACCCCGCUGUUGCGUAUCGACUGCAAACUAACGUAGCAGCCAUUGCGCUGGAAGUCGAGAGAUACAUACCUCGCAUUCUUCAAGAAGACACGAUUGAUGGUCUUCAAGCUCUUCUAAUGCUGAUGCUCUUUCACUGUUUCUCUGGGAACUUUCAGACCGCACUCUACCUGGACUCUCUCAUUGGCCGACUGAUUUAUAAAUUCGGCGCCAAUUUCGAGUCUCCCCGGGGAUCUGCUUCCGUGCUGUUCCCAGAAACAAAUAAUCUGCCCAGGAUGGACCGCCACCUUCGCCGGCUGUUCUGGGCUGCAUAUAUAAUUGAUAAAGAGCUAUCCAUUCGAAUGGACCAGCCCGCCGCUAUUACAGAUGAAGCUUGUGAUCUCACCAUUCCCCCAGGAUACGGUGACCUUCUAUGCGAUAUCCAGUUAUUAAAAGAGUCUAGUCACAGAGAGCUGCGCGAGUGCUUAUAUCUGACUGACCUCCGAUUGAUAAAGAUUAAAUCUCGCAUAUACAAGGCAAUUUACAGUCGACAGGCCAUGCAACUGCCUGACGCUGGCCUCAUCAAGACUGUUCGUGAUCUGGAUGAGGAGCUUGAGGAGUGGAGGCUUUCUAUACCUCCGCAGUACCGACCUUCGCUUUCUACUGUCGCUCAGCAAGUGACUAAUAUUGACCUUCCCUUCAGAAUCCAUGCAAUUAAUAUGCAGAUGGAUUACUACCAUUGCCUGACUAUGAUUCAUCGAGCUUGCGGCCGAUGCACGGUAUGGAACCGAGGUAGUACGACGGUGUGCAAUGGAAUCGCCACCUCCUUAAAGCUUGCGGCGGAAUCUAGUAGAGCAUCUCUCACGUUUUUACAGAAUGUACUACCCAAGUUACCGUCGGGCAUAUUCUGGUGUUUGGUCUUCUAUCCAUUGUCGGCUUGUUUAACGAUAUUCGGAAACAUCCUUCUUUUCCCUUUCGAGCCGGGCAUCACAAGGGAUUUUGCAAUACUCGAGUCUGCAGCUUCCUUAGUCAGGGCACUGCCUAUGAACUCUAAGCGUGCACACAAGGAUCGUCUUGUGGAACUUGUCAGAAAGCUCAAUGAGCGUGCCAAGCUUCUCACUGCAGACAUGCGAGAGAACCCUGGACACUAG